CGCCGCGAUCCGCCCAACGGAACCGGAAGUGGCUCGCUCGGCGCCGCUCUAGCCCCUCUCCGUGGAAUCUCGUGUUCUCCCGCUGGCUGCUCAGUUCUCGUGAGACCCUCGCGGUUGGGGAAGGAGGAGUCGAAGAAGAUGGCGGCGGCGGCGACGGCGACGACGACUGCGCUCUCUCUGGUGAGCUCUUCGCCCACCAGCCAGCGGCCAGUUCCUGAUCCACUAGAGGACUUCUCUUAUUCCUUGACUGAUAAACUUGCUCAGGCGUCUUUGGGCACAGAGACCGUCAAGGUGGAAAAUGGGCAGAGCACAGCAGCCAAGCUGGGACUCCCUCCUCUCACCCCGGAGCAGCAGGAGGCUCUUCAGAAGGCCAAAAAGUAUGCGAUGGAGCAAAGCAUCAAGAGUGUCUUGGUGAAGCAGACCAUUGCCCACCAACAGCAGCAGCUCACUAACCUUCAGAUGGCAGCAGUGACAAUGGGCUUUGGAGAUCCUCUCUCACCUUUACAAUCGAUGGCAGCCCAGAGGCAACGGGCCUUGGCCAUCAUGUGCCGGGUCUACGUGGGUUCUAUUUACUAUGAGCUUGGAGAGGACACGAUCCGGCAGGCCUUUGCCCCCUUUGGCCCCAUCAAGAGCAUCGACAUGUCCUGGGAUUCUGUGACCAUGAAACACAAGGGCUUUGCUUUUGUGGAAUACGAGGUGCCUGAAGCUGCUCAGCUGGCCCUAGAACAGAUGAACUCUGUCAUGCUGGGAGGGCGGAACAUCAAGGUCGGAAGGCCCAGCAACAUUGGCCAAGCUCAGCCCAUUAUAGAUCAGCUGGCAGAGGAGGCACGGGCCUUCAACCGAAUCUAUGUGGCAUCGGUUCACCAGGACCUUUCAGAUGAUGACAUCAAGAGCGUUUUUGAGGCCUUUGGGAAGGUCAAGUCCUGCACACUGGCCCGGGACCCCACAACAGGGAAACACAAGGGCUAUGGGUUCAUUGAAUAUGAGAAGGCACAGUCUUCACAAGAUGCUGUCUCGUCCAUGAACCUGUUUGACUUGGGGGGCCAGUACCUUCGAGUUGGCAAAGCUGUCACGCCCCCCAUGCCGCUCCUGACCCCUGCGACGCCAGGAGGCCUGCCUCCUGCAGCGGCAGUCGCAGCAGCAGCUGCCACAGCAAAGAUCACGGCUCAGGAAGCUGUGGCAGGCGUGACGGGAGCUGCAGUACUUAGCACGUUGGCAACUCCUGGGCUGGUAACGCCAGCAUUGACCUUAGCGCAGCCCCUGGGGGCGUUACCGCAGGCUGUGAUGGCGGCCCAAGCACCAGGUGUAAUCACAGGUGUGACCCCUGCUCGUCCACCCAUUCCUGUCACAAUUCCCCAGGUGGGUGUAGUGAACCCCAUCUUGGCCAGCCCCCCAACACUGGCCCUGCUAGAAGCAAAGAAGGAGAAGGAGGAGGAAGAUGUUUUCCAGGAGUCUGAAAGGCCAGAAAUGCUCAGUGAGCAGGAGCACAUGAGCAUCUCUGGCAGCAGCGCCCGCCAUAUGGUGAUGCAGAAACUGCUCCGGAAGCAGGAGUCAACAGUGAUGGUCUUGCGCAACAUGGUGGACCCCAAAGACAUUGAUGAUGACUUGGAAGGGGAAGUCACGGAAGAGUGUGGCAAGUUUGGAGCUGUUAACAGGGUCAUCAUCUACCAAGAGAAGCAGGGUGAGGAGGAAGACGCUGAAAUCAUUGUCAAGAUCUUUGUGGAGUUCUCCAUGGCCUCAGAGACUCACAAAGCCAUACAGGCGCUAAACGGCCGCUGGUUUGCUGGCAGAAAGGUGGUGGCUGAGGUGUAUGACCAGGAGAGAUUUGACAACAGUGACCUCUCGGCAUGAACUCUGCUCCAGAGAGACUUUACCUUCUCCUCAACCCCCACCCCACCCCCAGUGAGUUCAGGGAUGUUUCUGGACCUGCAUUGCAUUAUUCCUGUGAUGUCUUUGUAGUUUCGGAUAAAAGUGCAAGGAGGCAAACUA